AUGGCGAAUUGUUGCUGUCUCGCACAUUGCUGUCUUGGUCGUAGUAGCCGUACAGCACCGUUCAACGAAAUGCCGCCUCCAACGCCUCUUCCGGAUCGUCUUCGUGAUGCAGCAGACGGCGAGGCAAGGAUCGCCCCGUCUGAGCCAACGCUCCCGGCAGUUGAAUGCUGCAAAGAUGCGCGAAAUUCUGUGUCUGUAGAGCAACAGAGCCACAAAGGGCAAUUCUCCUCCCGCAGGAUCCUGUCGCGCUCGGCGAACGGAUGCAUAGCGUCGCGGGCUCUCGCGCUGCUUGUUUGGCGUGAGUUGUCAAAGGGCGUGAUGUCACUGCGUGCAAGGCACUGGACCUAG